UCACCAGUUGCCGCCUCCUCUCCCUCCCUCUCAAUGGCGCAGCUCCCAGACCCCGCCGCCGCCAAUGUAGCGGCCGGGAAAGAAGAGACGGCAGGCUGGGAGGACGCGCUGGACCUGGACGACUCCGACAUCCGCUUCGAUCCCCUCCCCCACUCUUUCGGCGCCACCGCCUCCCAGUCCCAGCCCCAGCAGGACAAGCCCCCGCACCCCUCCCACCACCACCCCAGCCACCGCAUCCCUGGACCUGCCGCCGCCGCCGUCCAGGACACGGUCGUCCCCCGCUCCGUCACCCGCCCGCCUCUCACACUGGGACGCGGGGACGCGCGCGCCACGGACGCCGACUUCCUGCGGCCCCCGUGGCUCAGCGCCCUCCAGUUCCUUGGGAAGGACCGCGCGUGGGAGCGGCCGGGGAUCAGGGCCAUUAAGGGCGACGAGGACUUGCUUCGAGCACCUUUGGUGGCUGGGGUGGUGACAUCGUGCAAGCCAAACGGGCUCGGAGAUCUCUUCUUGAUUCUAAAGGAUCCAACCGACUCAAUCGGUGCUUCAGUUCACAAGAAAGUUCUUUUGGAGGAGAAUAAUGGCCAUGAUAUCUCGAUUGGGUGUGCCGUUGUUUUUAGUAAGGUAGCUAUUUUCCGCCCGUCUCAUACCAAGUUGUGCUACCUCAAUGUUACCAAAGGAAAAGUGGUCAAGGUUUUUAGUAAGGAUUGUGCUGCCCCAGCUAAGCAAGUGAUUUCAUCUAGUACUACUGAAAGAAGUCAAGGUGGAGAUUCUACCAGCAAUAUAAUGAUGAAAAUUUUUGGUCGUGGAGACAUGAUGCCCAGUAACAACGAGAUCACAGUUACUAAGGUUUCUCAUGAACACCAUGCAACACCUGAUUCAAGUAAUAGCGCUUCAACGUGGGAUAUUUCUGGUGGGUUUAGUGUAAGAAGUAACCAGGAGGGUAAAUUGCUGGUAGGAGAUCCACACAAGCAUAUGUCAAGCUGCAGUACUGAUGGGCAUACCCCAAAAGAAAAUGUUAAUACCAGCAGCGAAUCACUUCUCAAACGCAAGAGGGCUGUAUCAGAAUGGACAGAGGAGCAGCUUUCUGAACUGUCUGUUGACUACUAGCAUUUUAGUAUAUAUCUGAUAAACAAGUUGUUAGAUUUUAGUAGUCAAUGUAUUGCAGUUAUAUUAAUGAUGUGAGUAUGUAAGAAAUUGACAAGUUUUGUACAGUGGCAUUUAUAGCAUCUGGAGUUGUAUAUGGUUGUUGCCCAGGAGCUCACUUUUCUGAAAUGGUUGUCAUGCCGGUC